AUGAAGGGGCACAUGGCAAAACUUAAAAAGAUUCUUAGCAGGAUUUUUGCUCUCCACUCUUGUGCUUUUGCUCGGAAGUGUUUAGAGAUAUCAUUGGGAUUGGAUAAGUUUCUAGAAAUGGAAAGUUCCAAGAACAAUAGAGUGGAGAAAAGAGGGUAUGAGCUAGUUGAGGAGGGUGACGAUGCACAACACCAUCUUACACAGGCAAAAAAACCAAAACUGCCCGGUUUAGCCAGUGUGAUUGUGGAAGCAUUAAAGGUAGACAGUCUGCAGAGACUUUGCUCAUCUUUGGAACCUCUUCUGAGAAAAAUUGUCAGUGAAGAAGUGGAGCGUGCUUUGGCAAAAUUGGGCCAUGAUAAAUUGGCUGAAAGAUCUCUGCCGCCAAGAUUAGAAGGGCCAGUGGCAAAGAAUCUGCAGCUUCAAUUCCGAACAAGAAUGCCACCUCAUUUGUUCACUGGGGGAAAGGUUGAGGGAGAGCAAGGAUCAGCAAUCCAUGUUGUGUUAAUGGAUCCAAACACAGGCAGUGUCGUUCCUGUUGGACCACAAUCUGUUGCUAAAUUGAAUGUGGUGGUACUUGAAGGUGACUUUAAUGAGGAAGUGGAUGAUGAUUGGUCAAAGGAGCACUUUGAAAGCCAUGAAGUAAAGGAACGUGAGGGGAAAAGGCCACUUCUAACUGGAGAUUUGCAGGUUAGUCUAAAGGAAGGGGUAGGAACCUUAGGUGAUCUUACUUUCACUGACAAUUCUAGCUGGAUAAGAAGCAGAAAAUUCCGGCUUGGUGUUAAGGUGGCUCCUGGUUAUUGUGAGGAGAUUCGCAUUCGCGAGGGAAAGACUGAAGCCUUUGCUGUUAAAGAUCACAGAGGAGAAUUGUACAAGAAACAUUAUCCACCUGCUUUGCAGGAUGAAGUUUGGAGAUUGGAUCGCAUAGCAAAGGAUGGGGCCCUUCACAAAAAGUUGAUCCAAGCCAAAAUCGUAACUGUAGAAGAUUUUCUACGCCUUCUUGUUCGCGAGCCACAGAAAUUACGAAGUAUACUUGGUAGUGGAAUGUCCAAUAGAAUGUGGGAGAGUACUGUGGAGCAUGCGAAGACAUGUGUCUUGGGUGGUAAGCUUUUCGUUUACUACACUGAUGAAACCAACAGCGCUGGCAUUGUGUUUAAUAAUAUAUACGAGCUGAGAGGUCUCAUUGCUGAUGGCCAAUUCUUCCCUUUGGAAUCACUUACUCCAAAUCAGAAGAUGUCUGUGGAUUCCUUGGUGAAGAAAGCAUAUGAAAAUUGGGACCAAGUUGUGGAAUAUGAUGGAAAAGUUUUAAAUUCGCUUACUACUUCGAAAAAGGGAUCAAGAGCUGUAGCCACUCAGAUAAUGCACCAUAACAGUUUCCCAGAGCAACAGUAUUCCUCUGCAAAGAACAAGGUGUCAUAUGUCUCCUCUGAACCAAAUCAACACUUGCAAAUAACAAAUAACUACUCAUCCGGUCCUGGUUUGACUGACUAUCAAUUUGGGAGAUCUGACAGUCAGAUGGUAGGAACAUCUUUAACUGACUCUCAAUUAGCAUUGUCUGGCAGCAUGAACUACAUGUCAGGUGAAAAUCAUGAAAAUGGUGGUGCUUAUUUCGCUGGAGAUUGGUCCCGGCCAAGAAAUGGCCAAGGGUUGGAAGACAUUGUCGCCGAAGAACUCCGUCUUAGGAGUUCAGAGAUGUUGGAGGGUGAUGAUAUGCAGAGGUUACUUAAGACAAUUAAUGCAGGAGUGAACAUGUCAGCCAAUCUUGGUCAUUCUAAUGAGGGUUGUUACACCUAUAGCCUUCAGUAUGAGCCUCAGAUGUAUCAUUCAUUUGGUGAGGAUCAGGGUAAGCCUUCAGGGAAAGCUGUUGUUGGGUGGCUUAAGCUCAAAGCUGCUUUAAGGUGGGGCAUAUUUAUCAGAAAAAAGGCUGCAGAAAGGAGAGCACAGCUCACUGAGUUGAAUUGA